CUACAGAAUACCUCCAUUAACUCCAGAGGACUAACAUUUAGCCAUGAAAUAUAUUCUGCUACUACUAACAGCUCUGUGCAGUCUCCCUCUAUCAGGGGCCUAUUACAUUGUUGGUGGUCAUGAGGCAAAGCCACACUCCAGACCCUACAUGGCAUCACUGCAGGACAAAAAUGGCCAUUUCUGUGGGGGAUUCCUCAUCAACAGGAAAUGGGUGCUCACUGCAGCACACUGCUUGGAGCCUUUGACAUCCAUGUGUGUGGUUCUCGGUUCCCAUAAGCUUUCUGUGACGGACAAAUAUGUGCAGAUGUUCAGUGUCUCGAAAGCUGUUCAACACCCAAAGUACAACAAUGUGACCUUUGAGAAUGAUAUCUUACUGCUUAAGCUGAAUCGCUCUGCUGUUAUGACUAGCGCGGUGAUACCCAUCAGACUUCCAUGUAGACACUCGAGGGUGGUGCCCUCAAGUUCCUGCUCGGUCGCUGGCUGGGGGUAUGUGUCUGAUUUACAUGUCAGUCCAGGUGUACUGAUGGAGGUAAAUGUCACCGUGAUCUCACGAAAUACUUGCAAGAAGGCUUAUGGUUACAUUGCACCGAGUAUGCUGUGCACUGCUACGCCAGGCAAAAUUAAAGGUUUCUGUGGAGGUGAUUCUGGAGGACCUCUUGUGUGCAGAAAACGUACGGAAGGAGUGGUGUCUUUUUCUGGAAGAAAAUGUGGAGAUCCUACUUUCCCGGAUGUGUACACUCGUGUGUCAUCUUUUGUGCCAUGGAUUUUAAGAGUUAUAAAGAAGAACUGAAUGCUGUGGCAUGUAAAGUGAUAGUCAAAUGUUUUAAACAGUGUCAAAUUUACUAUGGCAAAAUAGGCCACUU